AUGGGUGGGAGGGCAACUUUGAUUAGUUCUGUGAUGACUAAUUUUCCCUUACAUUACUUUGCGUUCUUUAAGGUGCCUAAGAGUGUUGUGCAGAAAAUUGUGGCCAUCCAAAGGAACUUCCUAUGGUCUAGGUCUAAAGAAAAGAAGGGUAUCACUUGGGUUAGUUGGAGCAACGUCUAUAAAUCUAAGGAGGAUGGAGGUUUGGGGAUUAGGGAUGUCGGUCGUUUUAAUACUGCACUUAUGGCCAAAUGGAUUUGGAGAUUGUUGCCGGAGAAGGAUGCUAUUUGGGUAGGUAUCCUUGAUGGUAGGUAUGGUCGCUUUGCCAUGGAUCUGCUGCGUGGAAAGUUGCCUAAAUAUAAGGGUUUCCCUUCUCUUUGGUGGAGAGACAUUUUCAAGGCUAAUGGUCUAUUUGGUCCUGGUAAGUUUGGGGAACUGAUUUCAUAUAAGCUAGGCAAUGGUGAUGGAGUCCUGUUCUGGCUGACAAGAUUGCUGGGAAACUAG